AUGUUCGCGAUCGUGGUGUUGAUCAGUGUUUUGGCGCCACUGGCAAGUGAGGCCGCCGCCUACUGCCCGUCCCGCUGUGUGUGUGAUGAUGUGAAACUGCACGUGACGUGUGGCGAGGGCGAGCUGGACGUGCUCCCGAUCGCGUUGAAUCCCGCCAUCGAGCGGCUGGUGAUUAAGUUCAACCGCAUCAAGGCGAUCGAUUCGUCGAUCCAGUUCUACACCGAGCUAACGAUGCUCGACCUGAGCUACAACCAUCUGCUCGGGGUACCGAAGAGUAUCUUCAUGUACCAGAAGCGGCUGCUGCAGUUGCAUCUGAACAAUAACAAGAUCUCGUCAAUCGGCAAUAAGACGUUCGCGGGAAUGAGCGAGCUGCGUGUGCUGAACCUGCGCGGCAACUUCAUCGAGGAAGUGACGAAGAGCUUGUUCCGUGCGCUGCCGAAGCUGGAGGAGCUGAACCUGGGCGAGAACCAGAUCAGCACGCUGCACCCGGACGCGUUCGAUGGACUGACCAAUCUGCGCAUCCUUCAUCUGGAUGACAACGCGAUCAAUGUUAUCCCGACACCCUCCUUCCGGCCGGUGCGGCUCCUGGCCGAGCUGUACCUCGGCCUGAACACGUUGAAUCAGAUCCACCCUGGGUCGUUCGAAGGUCUCCAGCACUUGCGCCGGCUCGAUGUGCGAGGCUCGAUGUUGGUCAACCUCACGAUCGAUACCUUUCGUGGUCUGGAGAACCUACGAUCCCUGGACAUCUCCGAUAAUCAUCUGCUGAAGGUACCGACCGUCGCGCUGAGCAUUCUCGGCCGACUGGAGGAGCUGUCGCUUGGUCAGAACGAUUUCGAAAUCAUCCCCGAGGGAGCGUUCUACGGAUUGUCGAAUUUGCGCAAAGUAUCCAUCUCCGGUGCGCUGAAUCUACAGCGUAUCCAGUCCGGUGCGUUCGCUUCCAACACCAACCUUGAUACGGUUGUAAUCGCAUCGAACCGACUCCUGGUGGAGCUGGACGAGGGUGCCUUCUCCGGUCUGCCGCAUAUUGAAAACGUUAUCCUGCGUGACAACGCCAUCCGGACGUUCCGCGAGGAGCUUCUGCCGUGGAAACAGCUGCGUAACUUCGACAUCUCUGGCAACCCGUUGGUCUGCAAUUGUCACAUGCGUUGGAUGAAAGAUCUACUUCGCGAGAAGCCCAUUGAAACCGAACAGAGCCAAGUGAUCUGCCAGUACCCGGAACGGUUCGCAGGCGAGGCAUUGCGUGAGAUCAGCUCGGAGCUGUUGGGCUGCCAUCAGCGUCAAUCGGACAAGGAUAGGGCCGUCGUUGGGGCCGUGCUGGUCGCAUCGGCCGCUUCCGUCACCACGUUCAUUCUGGUCGCAUACCGGCUUCGCCAUCGCCUUGUGGAUGCGCUCGGACCGAACUGGCACAACAAGCGCAACUCGCUGAAGGAAGAAAAGGACCUGGAGUUCGCCAAAGCCUUCCCCGAGAUCGAGUACCACCAGCCGAACUUUAACAUCUACACGUGCAACUACCAGCAGAUGUGUCAGGCGAAGAUGGCACAGCACAGUCCGCCACAGCAGUUUCAGCAUCAUAUCUACGAGACGCCGAUUCCAGUGUCCGACCUUUGA